AUGAAGCGGGUACGGCUCGAUCGAUGGGGCGGCCAAUUGCUGCAGGCCCAAGCCCGCAGUGGCAUGAAUAUCACGAGGCAGGCCUUUCUGCAAACGACUCGACGACAGACUACUUCGGCUACCGCUCCCCAAAUUGACGAAGACACACCUAAACCUCAACCUCUUCCCUCUCCUCCUCACCACCGCGCUGCUGAAUCGGCUAAGCUUGCGGCUCUCCACGCCCGAUUAUCCCUCUCCAACAAGAUCCCUCUGCAGACUCUCGCCCGCUCCCUCAUCGUUCCAUCAGCCGACAAGAACACCAGCUACAACAAUGCAAACCUCGCUUUCCUCGGAAGCACGUUGAUCAACUACCAUGUCCUCGAAUAUCUCGUCUGCAAAUUUCCUCGCUUGCCAAUGGCCAUCCUCUACGAGGCCCUCCGCGCCUAUGCCGGAAAGGAAUCACUGCACCAAAUAGCUCGUCGAUGGGGUGUUGAGGCCGCAGCUGCCCCUGGAGAGGAGGUCGAUCCAGGCCUGCUACAGUGGGCACCCAAAGAUUCGGGUAUGCAAACUCGCUGGGGAUACGUUCGUCAUGAGGCAGAAUUUACCGACCGAUUUAAGCCCCGCCGUGGAAUUAGUAGCCGGGUGGUUUUCGAUGACGUUUUUGGCGAUCUUGUCGAACAGCCCAAGGCUGGCGAGGAGGGAUACAUGUACUACCAGCAUGAGGCUUACUCUUCAUUCGUUCAGGCCGUUGUCGGCUCCAUCUACACCCACACCGGCCAGGAUGCCGCCCGAGACUUCGUUAAGUCCCAUGUUCUUUCACGACAGGUUGAUCUUUCCAGAAUGUUUGAGUUCAAGAUGCCCACACGAGAACUCGCUUUGCUGUGUGCUCGUGAAGGCUUCGAGGCUCCUAUUGCCCGCCUAGAGAGUGAGACAGGUCGUCAUUCACGAACCCCCGUCUUCAUCGUUGGUAUUUACAGCAACUCCGAGAAGCUCGGCGAGGGAGCCGGCGCUAGCUUGGACAUGGCAAGGUGGAAGGCUUCUAUGAACGCUCUGAAGGCGUGGUACCUCUACAGCCCUGGCAACAAGGUCCGGGUGCCGAGUGAUAUGCACGAGUCAGGCGCUAAGCCCUGGAAGGCCCCUCACAUUGAUAUUGGUGAGAUUAUCUAA